AUGCAGUCUUCCCCGGUAAAGAGCAGCAUGUACCCCUUCUGGGCCGUAUCCCUCUACAUCAUGUCUGGUUCUGCCGAUGCUAUCACAGCUUAUAGUCUCGAUGACAACUCCCGGGGAAUGGAACGGUUCUAUCAGUCACUCCUCGGCAUGUUUUAUGUGGGAUUGAUUGCGGUUAGCAUCUUAAAUAAUCUUACUGGUAUCCUCCUGUUUAUUAACAUGGCUGGUUUAGCUUUUAUAAAAUGGUCGCAGAGGGACUGGGCGUGUCAAAUGGCACAUCAUUCAUGGAACUUGAAUAAAAUUGUUGCUGACUACAUGCACCAGGAGCACACCAAGAGUGGAACAUCUUAUGAUCCAGCCAGCAUGAAAGGCUACCAUUACCUAGUUGAUUGGCCCCUCCACAAGGCAAAGCUGAAAGCUGGCACAUCAUAUGCAACACAAGUAACAACCAAAGCAGGUGUCGUCGACAUAGAGAAGAUAUGGCAGUGCGAGAGACUAAGCUCAGAGCAAAGGGACGCAUGCCUUUCAUUCUCUCUCUUCCAUCUGUUGAGAAGGCGCUUCUUCGGGUUUGACUGCGCCGAAUCUCCACGGCAGAAGACACAUGAUUUUGUGUUCAAGGUGCUGCUCGCCAAGAAUGAGAGGGGUGCCAUUGACUACGACAGGGUGUUCAAGGUGAUCGAUGUUGAGUUAGCUUUUAUGUAUGACUUCUUCUUCACCAAGUAUGCGGCCCUUCAUUAUCAACCAUGGAUUCUCCCAGCAAUGUUCAGCUACCCUCUAAUCAUAUUUCCAAUUUAUUCAGCAGUAACAGCACUCAGUCCAGGCUCGAAGUUGCUCCAUGUCAGGAACUGGUCAGCUGUCACUACCACCACAACUGCUGAUACCGUCGUCACUCUACUGAUGCUGACAUGCAUUGUGCUGCUUCAAGUGCUACAGCUACUGCUGUACUGGACGACCAUCUGGGGCACAGUGUGUUUGGCUUGUCACUCUGUCAGAGCGCAAGAGGCAUCCAGGACAAAAAGACAUCUCGCGUUCAAAAUGGUGGAGAGGUUUAAAGCGAUUCCUAUCAAGAUCGGCGCGUUCAUUUCAAACAAAUACUGCUACUUGUUUCCUGAAAAAAACAAAUGCUACUACUGGCAGAACAAGGUUGGGCAGUACUCGUUGCUUGAAUCAGUGCGCCACAAUACCACCAAUCUAUCCAAGGCCUUGCGUGCUUUAUCAAAACUUUCAGAAUAUUUUGUUAUUUUCAACCGAGAAGUCGUUCAUCCAGUUGUUAAUAUUAGUGUUCGAUGGAGUGCCGGCAAACCUGGGAAACAUGUAGAGUUGUCUGCACAAGUAAAGGAGGCACUUGUUCAGUCUCUUGACCGUACCCAGGGUAUUCUAACAAACGGGCAGUCGUCACUGACAUCCAACGGCGCAGGUGACCUGUUGUGGGCUUGCAGGCACGACAACAUGCACCCACCAGAUUCUGGCACAAGCUGCUCGAAGUCGCAGCAAAAGGAGAACCAGGCACGCUUCAUCUUGACCUGGCACAUUGCAACAUGUUACUGUGAGAUGGCACCAACGAAGGAUCUUACUCCCAGAGUGAAGGAAGCACACGUCGCCACAACACUGUCCAAAUACUGUGCAUACCUGCUGAAGAUGGAACCAAAGCUUCUUCCUGGGCACCAAUAUGACACAUACCGUGUGUUUGAUGCAGUUGCAGAGGAAGCGGUUGAGUUUCUACAGAGUAAGCCGGACAAGUACGGGGCCAUGAGGAGCCAGACGAUUUCAAGAGAGACGACGCCAGAAUCAGAAGAGAAGAUCUUCUUCAGGGGCGUGAGGCUGGGGGAGCAGCUCCAGGGGAUGGAGGCGGGCGCCCGCUGGAAGGUGCUGGCGGAUUUCUGGGCGGAGAUGUUGCUCUACCUCGCGCCAUCAGAUGAUGUCAAGGCGCACGUCGAGUGCCUGGCCGGAGGAGGGGAGUUGAUCACGCACUUGUGGGCGUUGCUCACCCACGCGGGCAUUCUGGAGAGGGGUCAAAGGAUUGUCCCCAACGACCUAGAAAAUGGCGGGGCCGUAUGA